GAUCCAAGCAUGUCCCUUCCGCAUCUUGAGGCUCCUCGCGAUGUUCUGCGAUCUGGUCUCCAUCAGCUUCGCGACGAAGUGACUUUUGCUCAUCCAGUAGACGGAAUUCAGAGACAGAGAAGGAAGGAGCAGGAGGGAACUGUUGACAUGAACUUGGGUAGGGUCUACGGUUCCGCUUUCCCUGCUCAGCUGCACAUGGAGCGGCAAAUACUUUCCAA